AUGGGGGUGGUUUCCGGCAACACGAACAACAGACCAAAAAGCGGCUUCAUAAUAUGUAAUCCCAACCUCGACAUAGCGAAAAUACCCCAGCUAUGCAACGAAAACAUAACAACGGUUAUUUUACAAGUACCUGAGCCAAUCAUCCUAAUAAGUGUGUACUUCUCACCAGAGGAAAAUGACGACAAAUGCAUCAGAGAACUUUCUGACGUGUUAAGAAAGAUCAGUGACAGAAACAUUAUUAUUACUGGGGACCUAAACGGGAAAUCUCCCGUUUGGUUCCAUGAAAAAGAGGACAGAAGAGGCAGGCUUAUAACAGACUUAAUGGAGGAAUUUAGCUUGAUCUCAACAAAUAUGUCUACCCAUCCAACCUUCUUUACACCGUUCGCCAAGGGAUGGACAGAUAUCUGUCUGGUCUCCGAUAACAUGGCACACAAAAUUGACAGUUGCGAGACUCUACUCAGCCCUACCGCUAGCGACCAUCGCUACAUUCUAACUCAAAUCCAACAUGACGCACCAAUCGGAAAUUCUAAACCUAAUUCCUUCCAAAUAAAACAGACAAACUGGACAAUCUUCAGACACGAGUUUGCCAAAAACUGGCAGGAUUACGACUUCCUGGCGACCAACACGCAGGAGGAAAUAGUAAAUUAUGCGAAACACUUCAUUAAUGCUCUAAAACUAGCAGGUGAUAAGGCACUAAAAUAUAAAACCGUGCCGCAGAGAAAGACGCAUUGGUGGAACGAAUCGCUAAACGACAUGAAACGGGAGGUAAACAGAGCGAGAAAGAAAUACGAAUGA